GCACAAGUAAAUCCACGGGAAAAGCCAGUAGGUACGGCUCGCGUAGGAAAAACAACGUUCGCCGAGCACAAAUAUGACAAACAUCUCAUAAAUCUCAUUAUGAUCACGGCAGCCGCGGAGUGACGGCGUUACUCGACUGAUUUUGCAUCAUACGGCAAUCACAAUGACUUCAAUGGCUGACAAAGUAUUCCACCCCCGCUCGGAGGGUAUUCCCUCCGAGGGAGUUAUGGACCAGUAUGCCGACGGCAAGGCAGCCAGGGUCUGGAAGAAGUUCGUGGGAGACAGCAACCAGAGGACGCAGAACUAUAAAGACUUCUUAAUCGGUCUGCUGCGCGCUAAUGGCUGCAAGAAGAUAUUGGACGCUGCCUGCGGUACUGGGGUGGACUCCAUGAUGCUAGUCAACGAGGGUUUCGAGGUCGUCUCCGUAGACGCUUCAGACAAGAUGUUGAAACAUGCCCUCAAGGCGCGAUGGGAGAAGAGAAGAGACCCUAAGUUCGACCAGUGGGUUAUCGAGGAGGCGAACUGGGAGACCCUCCACUCAGACGUGCAGUCAUUCCUGCCCGGGGCCUCGUUCGACGCAGUCAUCUGUCUCGGGAACUCCUUCGCUCACUUGUUGGACGAAUUCGGCGACCAGCGCGUGCAGAAGCGAGCUUUGGAGAAUUUUGCCAAGUGUCUGAAGCCGGGAGGACUGCUGUUCAUUGAUCAUAGGAAUUAUGACGCUAUGAUCGAUAGUGGAGCGACGCCGGGACAUUCUAUUUAUUACAAUUGCAAGUACCCCGUAGACAUCAAAACGUCAGUCCUAGUGGUGGGGGGCAAGCCUCAGCUAGUCACCUUGGACUACUGCAUCGGCUCCCAAGGAAGCAGUGAAGACCGCAGCGAAUUCCGCCUCUGCUACUACCCGCACAAGCUAGAAAAGUUCACGCAAAUCCUGAAGGACGCCUUCGGCCCCGGCAGUACCCACAGUCUCUAUGCUGACUUCAAGCCUCUCUCCGAAGUGCCCGUUCCAGGGUUCUACAUACACGUUAUUAAGAAGCCGUAAAAAUGUUCUGUGAUAAAGAGAAUAGGGUUAUUUUAUUAUAUUA